GAUGGGUUCGUCUUCUGUAAGUCAUCACCGUCCAAAUGUUUCCAGUUCAUCCAUUCCAGUGCUGCUGCUGCUACCAACCUCUCUGAUGUUUCUUCGUGUUCAUUCUACGUUUCAAAUGAGAAAACGGCGCCACCUCCAAGUACGACACAUACAAAUGCAACAACAACAACCACUACAACAGUGACGACUACGACAACACCGACAAUCACAAGCACGUCGACUACAACAGCCACUACACCGACAACCACGACGCCUGGGCCUAUAACUACGACAACACAGACAACCACAAGCACGUCGACUACAACAGCCACUACACCGACAACCACGACGCCUGGGUCUACAGCUACGGUUGCAUGCAUCAACCUCACAGGCGGAGGAUGUAUGUGCCCCAAUGGAGCGACUAACGCCGACUGUACUCAAUAUAUGACAGACUGCAAGGAUUACAAAUAUUAUGAUGGUACGACGGAAGGACUUCUGCACAUCAAGCCAUCGGCUUGGACUGGACCACCAUUUCUAGUGCGCUGCUACAAAGGUGAAACCCUGAUUCAUAUGCGAGACGACGUCCCGUCUUGUCACAGCUUGUCCUUCAACCGCUCAUGGUCAGAAUACAGACAAGGGUUCGGGGACAUCCAGAAUGGCUGUUUCUGGCUGGGCAAUGACAAGAUAUCGGCGCUGACCAGAUCAAGACCCUACGCGAUGAUUUUGGACACUAUAAUCAGUAGCCAAAUGAAAUGGAUAAUUAUCUAUUACGAUUUCGUAAUGAACAUCGCUGCUAACAAGUAUCGUCUGAACUAUACAAACACUUGGGGUAACGGAUUCUAUAACUGUGAUAGUUUUGGUGGUUCAUCUUCCAUCACGGAUGUCAAAGGUCACCAGUUCUACACGUAUGAUCAAGACGUCAAUGGAUGUGCUGCUGCGGACGGGGGAGGAUGGUGGUAUAAUACUGGAUGUUCUUACGGAAACCUUAACGGAAUCUGGCCAAAAUGGCCGCUAUAUGGAACAGUGUAUGCUUUAGACGUAUCGUUGGUUUACAUACAGCGAACAACUUAAACUAUUGAAAAAACUAAUCAUCGUACUUAAUCAGUGUUCAUAUCAGCUGAAUUUAAUAACUGUACUGCUUUAAUAUUUGUGAUAGACCUUUGCAACAUAAAUCAUUUGACAUUACAAAUAAAACUAAAUUCACAUAUUUGGAACCAAAGUAGU